UCACUACCAAUGCAAAAAAAUCAGAUCUUGGAUUUUUAUUCAUCCACCUUUCCAGCUGCUUGUGUGAGAGAGAGAUUACGAGGGGAGUGAGUGAAACCUUCAAAGCAACCAUCUCAAUGCUCGGCGGGAAGUAUACGAUGAAAAUAUCGAAGGGAGCUGGGAAGUAUGGGUGGCCGGCAGGAGGGAUGUAGUCGGAUAUGGAUUUGACGUUGCGGGCGGUGGUGGUUGUGGUCUUGUGGAGGAGGUUGGAAAGAGGGGCAGGUUGCGACGAAUGCGGUGAGGAGGGAGGUGGAGAGAGAGAGAGAGAAGGGAAAUGGACGGGAUUGUGGUGGCGGCGGCAGGAGAGACGACGAGAGGGGAGGGAAUAGGGACCGCUGGGGAACGAUGGAGGCCGCCG